AUGAAACCAGCAGUCGGCCGAUUCUUGAUCCUCCUCCCCGUCAUAUUAGCCGUCAUCAGCUUCAUACUGUCCAUGCUGGCUCUAUUCGCAGGCCGCCAGCCAGGUUUUAUGGAAGACUAUGCCGUGGUCAGGCUCAAUACCUCCAUGGUCGGACACAACCUCUUCGGUAAAGACAAGAAGGACGACAAGAAGGACGACAAGAAAGGGGGUGGUGGUUUCCUGGGUGGUAUUCUAGGUGGUGUUAUUCCAGACGUCGAAAUCCCGGGCGCCAACAUUCUGGGCGACGCCAAGGACUGGGUGGAUGACAAAACGGGCGACGUAAAGGGCAAGCUCAACGACAUCACCGGCGCCAUCGCAGACCAAAUCGCCAAAAAGAUUGGCAUCAAGCAGUGGUACUCACUGCAUAUCAUGGACUCGUGCGAGGGCUACUUCCAGCCGAAUGCCACCGCGCCCGAUGCUGCGCUCAACGUGACCAACUGUACUUCGUCGAGUCCAUCUCACCGCCUCAACCUGACGGAGCUCCUGGACAAGGAACUUAGAAUUGGCCCUGCAAAGCUCAACCUUGCCGACAUCAAGUGGCCCCAGGGCAUCCAAGACACGCUCGACGUGCUCAACAAUGCCCUCCUCGGUCUGCUCAUCAUGUACUCCCUAGGCAUAGGCUUCUGCGCCGUGUCGGCAUUAGGCGGCGUCGCGGCCUUCUUCAAGCCCGACAUGCGCAUCCUGGCGCUUGUGAAUCUCACCAUCGGCGGUUUGGCGUUCCUCAGCAUCAUCAUAGCCAGCAUCAUCGUCACCGUUGCCACAAACACCGGUGUCAAGGCCGUCAAUAAAAUCGGCAAUCCGGUCGGACUCUACGCGAGCAGAGGCGAAAAGUUCUACAACCUGAGCUGGGUGUCCACGGGAUUCAUGGGGUUCGUCACCCUGUUCUGGAUGGCCCGCUUCUGCAUGGUGAGGCGGCAGAGGAGGCUCAUGACGGAAAAGCCUUGGAGCUGA